AUGUGUGAGCUGGUGGGAGAGGGUUUGAAGAGAGAUGACAUAAAAACAGAGAAAGAAGGAGAUGAUGUGAGGCCACGUGACAAGAAGGAAAUGGAAACGAACCUUGGUUACCUCACCUCUCCACUUCAAACAUUCUUCGCCGACUCUCUCAAAAGCUCUACCACCACGCCAGAACCCGCGCCAGCUUGCGUGCCACACGCAACCAAGCAAAGCAUUCAACCUCCCAAACAGAGCCACCCCUCCCCCAAAGGAAUAACCCCUCCACCACCAACCCUGUUCCUUUAUAACCAUGCACGACCUUAUGCUUAA